AUGCCAUUGGGUUUGGUUACAAAAUCGAAGAGCCAGACAACAGCCGUUCGUGACCCAGGUGGGCCGAGGAAACCUGGUGGCGAUCGGGCCCGGAUCUGGGCACCGGCGGGGCGGGGAGGUACGCUGUCUGCUGAGAGCUCUGUACCCCCUGCCGAGGAGCUGGCUUCAGUUGGAGAGCUGGGCCUGCCCCCACUGCGGGAGCCGGAGCGUGAGAGAGAGGGGGCCGCCGCCCCUGGUACCCGAGGGGAGCAGAGACCGCUGGCGCCCCUAGUUACCACCGCUACCGGCGCCGAGCCCGCGCCCGCGCCCCUGGGCCACGGAGUGCCCCAGGCGCCUGUGGCCGUGAAGCCCCUCGGACGGCCCUUGGCCCACAAGGCUCCGGAGCCGGGGAGCCUUCCGGGGCCCGAGGAAGACAAAGACGACGCUUACGACGUAGCUGCCCGUGGUGGGGCUGCCUCGCUGGAGCGGCCCCAGGCCCUGCCGCCCAAAGAAAACCCCUGCACCAAGAAGUCUCGCUUCCUGGUGACCGCCGCUCCGGGCCAGCUCGGGUCCCAGAACCUGGCCGCCGCCGCCGCUGCUGCUGCGCUGCCACCGGAGCCAGAACUAAGUUCCCCACAAAAUAUAGAAGCAGGAAUACUCAAGACCCAGACCACCAGCAUGGCUUGUGACUUCAGUGACAUCACAAAUUGGCCAACCCCAAGUGAACUGGGGGACAUUGAACGCCAGAAAGUCACCAAUCAACCAAAGAAAAAGCCCCAAGACAGAACAGAAAAGGAAGAGAAGACUGAAAAAAGAACCAACAGGGAAAGCAAAGACAACCGUGAAGCAAAGCACAACGUCUCUGAAGAAAAUGUCAGUGAGGGAGAGGCGAAGUCCAAUCAUCGAAGAAAAAGAGCUAAUAAGCCCAAGUGGGUACCACUUCAUUUGGACGAUGUAAGACCUGAUAGGCGAGAAAGACGAGGGUCACGGAACAGCUCCAGAUCUCAGCCAGAGCCCAAUGAGUCCGCACAGAACAACCCACCAACUGACUCACCACGUCGGAGACGUGAGACAGACAACAGAGAUGAUCAGGAUGAAGUUUCCAGUGGAAGAAGUGCAGGUGGUACUAUUCCAGGUCGCUUUAGACGUCCGGGAAGAGGACCUGGCUGGGAACGAGGCCGAGACAGAGGCCACCCUCCAAGGACCUUGGAGUAUUCCUAUGAGUAUCCAGAACCACAUGGUGAAAGCCCUGACCAGCCAUUUCAACCACAACUUUACCCAAACAUGAUGUAUUACUAUGAUGAUGGCACAAGAGUUCAGAUAUAUUCUGUGGAUGAAACACUGCUUAAAGAAUACAUCAAGCGCCAAAUUGAAUAUUACUUCAGUAUAGAAAAUUUGGAACGGGACUUCUUUCUUAGGAGGAACAUGGAUGAACACGGUUUCUUGCCGAUUUCUCUGAUUGCGAGUUUCCCGCGUGUUCAAGCCCUGACUACAAAUGUUCAUCUCAUUGUGGAGGCUUUGAAAGACAGUGCAGAAGUGGAAAUCGUGGGCCAGAAUAUGAGGAAAAAGGUGGCACCAGAAAAAUGGCCAAUUCCUGACACUGCUCCACGCAAUGUGCCACAAAUUGACUUCUCUCAGCUCGUCGACUGCCCAGAGUCCAUACCGAGCAAAGCCUUUGGCUCACAUACUGGCCUAUGUCCCAGGGAUACUCCAGCCAGUGGGCAUCUUCCUGGCCCCUUCAGGGAACACAGUGGCCAGAGAAUCAUGUAUAUACAGGAGUCCCCACCUCAGCUUCAGCAGCCUCACUCUCAGGAACCACUAGCUCUGCUGCCCUUAGUUCCCCAGACCCCCACCUUCCAGGUACAGCAGCUCACCUCUCCUCUCUACCAGUUACCACAACUGCAUCAAUGCCAGAUGCAGCCAUGGCUGAAGAAAGAAGAGCAACCAUGUGAAUUGUUGCCUUCUUUUAAUGAGAAUGGACAACCUGAGCCCAGAAAUACACCCAAGCUUGGCCUUGGAUCUACAGCGGUUUUUCCCGAUGAUGUGACUGCCACCCUUGGAGACCUGGCUUCACCCCAGGAACAUCUGGAUACACCCCUACUUGAUCUACAUGCUUCCCAGGGACAUCUGGCUAUCCACCAUGGAUAUUUGGGUGCCCAGCAAGGACAUCUGUCUCCCCCUCAGGGACAUUUGGCACCCCCCAUUUAUGUUUGCAUACCCGCCAGGGACAUGUCUCCCCCUCACAGACAUCUGGCACCCCCCAGGUAUGUUUGGGUGCCCAACAAGGACAUUUACCUGCUUACCAGGAAUAUCUGGGUGCCCACCUGA